AUGGCCGCAAAGCGUCCCCGCGCGACCUUUGAGGCCGAUCAGGCUGACUUGCGACCUCCAUACGCAGUAUACGCAAGAGGUGACCGACGAGCGGGGAGGAAGCGCCUCCAUGGCGCCUUUACUGGUGGCUUCAGUGCAGGCUACUUCAACAGCGUUGGCUCAAAAGAAGGCUGGACCCCGGCCACUUUCGUCUCCUCUCGCCAAAACCGCGCCCGCGAUGCGAAAGAUGCGAAACAACAAUCCCAACAACGACCCGAGGAUUUUAUGGACGAAGAGGAUUUGAGGGAGCAGGAGGAGUCGCGCAAUUUAGAAACCGCGGAGGGGUUCGCUGGAUUCGGUUCCACAGACACAGAUCCCACCCGACGGACGGGACUCAUGGACUUGCUCAAAACCGGUGGCGAGACAAUGGGUGUUAAACUUCUGAAGAAAAUGGGAUGGCGUGAAGGCCAGGGAAUUGGGCCCAAAGUACGACGCAAGGCAGAUCUGGGCGAUACCUCGGCUCCAGGUGGCGGGGGAGCCGACAAGACAUAUCUCUUCGCACCUGAGAAUCCACCGAUGGUCUCAUUCGUCCGAAAAUCCGAUAACAAGGGCCUGGGAUUUGCAGGAGAGUCACGACUGGCACCUCAGGAGACUUCACAAGAGGAACCCGAAGAGGUAGAUUCGUUUUUUGGUGGCCGUCUUGCCGACCAAACAAAAUCCGCUAAAUUACCCAAGGCCAAACAACCGCGUCGAGGGGGCCUUGGAGUCGGCAUCCUCAAUGACACUGGAUCCGACGACGAAGACCCUUACUCCCUAGGGCCUCAAAUCUCUUAUAAUAUAACCAUUGGUGGUGAUAAAAAGAAGAAGAAGAAAAGCAGAGCAGACGAAGGGAAACCUACAAUCGCCUCCUCGAACCCCCUGCUCGGCGAAAAGCCUGUUUUCAUUUCCAAAAAGGUGGUUGCUGCUCGAGGAGCUGGAGGAUUUAGAAAAUGCCGCGAUGGACGCUUACCGCUGGACGGUUUCGUCCUUGCCGAUGGUCUUUCCGGCCUCGCCAUUUCUGACAAGAAAUACGACCCUCCCACGAUCCCUGAGGGCUGGAAGCCUGCUAAGCAACCAACUUCUAAUGACCAAAAUACUUCAGGGUAUGUCUCCACGGCGGAUGCCGCCAAAUCAUCAAUACUCGAUCCUACAUCCCGAGCUGCAGUCCUAGGCGAGACCCAACUACCUGGAAAAUCCGUUUUCGAUUGGAUGACUCCCGAGGCUCGCGAGCGAAUUGCGAAGCUCACUGGCAAUGCCAAUCUACCUCCCGCCCUCGGCGAGGGUGCUCCAAAGGGCUAUGAAAUGUCGGAUUCGCAAAGACGAAAAGACCUGUGGGAUCUAGUUCCAAAAUUAGACAAACAAACAGCUGUCCAGGCUUUAACUCGGGCUGUCAGCGGGUGGAUGCCCUACUCGGAGGAUGAGGAGAAACGAGCACGCUAUCGCAACUUCCUCGAGGUUCGGGCAGAGAUACGCGACACCCUUCCGGACCGGUUGCAGGGGUCCAGCACCGAUGAUUGGGUCAACGAGAUGCAUGAGUUUGCGCGUGCUGCGGAGGUCUUCAAACCCAUGUCUAAUAUUAUGGCGUCCCGAUUCACGUCAGCUUCCUCGGGGCCCAAGGUUGCUUCAGAUGCACCCGACUCCGAUGACGACCCACUGAGUCGGCCCAAUGAGAAACCGGACGACCCGGCCGUGGCAGCUGCUAAGAUCGGAAUGUUUGGACCAAUGACCCGAAGCACUACAUCCUUCUAUCCAUCGCGUCUUCUUUGCAAGCGAUUCAAUGUUAAGCCCCCGUCACAUGUUCAAUUAGAUCCCGGGGAACCACCAACAGCCUCCGAGUCAGGUUCUGGAUCACGCUUCCAGCCUGGUGGCUCUCAACCCGACACCAAGGCCAGAGAACUGAUCUCACAAGACGUGAUGGAUAUGAUCAUGGCGGAAACAGGCCGUGGGCCUGCUUCUACCAACUCUGGGACCACAGGGCAAAAUCAAGCGAGUUCCCCUGUCCCUCCUCCGGUUGUAGAACCCGAACGCAAUGAUGCACUCGAAGCCGAGCGACCGGGCGAUGAUGUCUUCAAGGCCAUUUUCGGCAGUGACGACGAAGAUGAGGAUGAGGACUAA